AUGGCUCCCACAAAGCGAGCACGACCAAGUUUCUCACCUCCACGACCUGGUAAAUCUAAAUCUGCGAAAGGCUCUGCUAGAAAGAGCACUGGAAAGGCGGUCUCGACUUCCAAACGAACGAAUGGGAUCAGUAAAUACCAGGGCGUAAAGGGUACGCGACAGGCUAUACUAGGCAGCGAUGACGAUGAGGACGACACAAUGGACGAAGAUGAAGAUGAGGACGAGGAAGAAGAAGAAGAAGAAGAAGAAGAGGAAGUGGAAACACCAAGAAAUCGCGGUCGAGGCAACAAACCUGGCGUCAGAUCUUUCAUCGACGACGCAGCCUCAGCUGAAGACGACGAAGAGGAAGACCUGGACGAAGGAGACGAAACAACAGCUACGCCAGCACCAGCACCACGACAACAAAAGCGCCAAACCACCACAAGAACACUCCCAACCAGCAGUCCCGAACCCGACACGGUCAUCGCCGAAAUCAUCACAGACCCACAAUCCACACAAUCGCCCAUUCCUGAACCUCUCGUCCAUAAAAUGCUCGAACACCAAUUCGAAAACCCUGGGAAGACGAGGGUGAGUGGAGCUGCAAGAGAUCUGGUGACGAGGUACAUUGAGGUCUUUGUGAGGGAAGCGAUUAUGAGAAGUGCGUUCGAGAGGCAGGAGCUGGAGAAAGAGAGCGGAAGUGGUGGGACAGGGUUUUUGGAGGUGGGGGAUCUGGAAAAGGCUGCUGUGCAGUUGUGUUUGGAUUUCUAA